AGGGUGUCAACCAUCUGCAAAGUGCAAGUAGUGUAGAGAGAGAAAUUUACAGUAAGAAGCCAAAAACCAUCGCUUACAGACCACACAGGUCUUCACUCUUCCGGAGGAAGACCAACAAAACCCUAGGAUUAAUUAUUUUUCUGUGUCAAUUUUUUUUCAACUUUUGGCUGAUAUAGCUGACAUUGUGAAGAUCUUACUACCUAAUUAUCCAAGGUACUGGCCUCCUCAACUAUGGCAAACUCCAAGGGACCAUCUACCGUUAGAAACAUGAUGUAUAAUGGAAAGAAUCCAUUAUUGCCUCCAAAAAGUCCAUUUCCUAGCAUCUCUCCAUCAUAUACUGAAUACAUUCCUACUUCAGUGAUUGGUCCAAAAUCUCUUCCAAAGCCCAGAGAAGGAAGUCCACAUCAUCAACGUACUUCUUCUGAAAGUUUUUUGAUAGAGGAACAACCAUCUUGGUUAGAUGAACUCCUCGAUGAACCAGAAACUCCUUUGCGUAAAGGAGGUCAUCGUCGCUCGUCAAGUGACUCUUUUGCAUAUAUCGAUACAGCUAAUGCUGGAAGCAUGAACUAUGCAGCUCAAGAUGAUAUCAAGUUCAAGAAUAUGAUUCCAUUGCCUUCAUGGGGAUCUCAAGACUUUGACUUUCAUAGGGAUAUGCGGCAAAGUUCUUUCUAUUUGGAUCCAAAUCCUUCUGGCAAAACCAAGAACAAGCCAUGGGAUGCACCUGUGAAUUCGAUUGCACUUCCUCGUGGCAUUCCUUCUAGGGAUGUUGCCACCAUCCAGAAUGCCGGAUCAGUGAACUCCUCGCUAGACGUUGAUAGAAAUCCAACUUCAUCUGCUCAAAAGUCAGAUGUUGAAUCUGUUUCUCAAGACCCAAAAGGCCCAUCUGAGAAAAAAGAAACAUGUGUUAAGAAUCUGGCAUCAGACACAGACACAAAACGAGCCAAGCAGCAAUUCGCUCAACGUUCUCGUGUGCGGAAGCUUCAAUACAUAGCUGAACUUGAAAGACACGUUCAAACUCUACAGUUGCAGGCAGAAGGCUCUGAAAUUUCUGCUGAGCUUGAAUUUCUCAACCAGCAAAACCUUAUUCUCAGUAUGGAAAAUAAAUCCCUGAAGCAACGUUUAGAAAAUUUAUCUCAGGAGCAGCGUAUCAAAUAUUUCGAGCAUGACGUAUUGGAGAGAGAAGCAGGAAGACUGCUAGGCCUGUAUCAGCAGCAGCAGAAGCUGCUGCAAGCAAAACAGCAGAUAUCUUCUAACCAUCAACGUGCCAAGAGCAGAGACCUCGAUCAACAGUUUGCUAAUCUUUCCCUGAAACUCAAGGAAACAAGCUCUGGUCAGGAUUCUCUCUCUAACCAGCUUCAUAUGUAGAGUAAUCUUUCUCGACUUCUUGUUGUGUGUUCCAAGUUCUAACCAGUCCUCUCAACUGACGAAGCAUGCUGAUGAUAAAAAAUACUCCCCUUAUGUGGGGAGAAAGCCAGACUGGUCAAGCGGUCCUGUGCUACAAUGCACCUUCUUGUGUUGCCUGUGUUUCUGUUUUCCCUUUUGAUCCUUGUAAUUCAAUUGUAAGUGGCCAUCAUCUCUCCUAAAGUUAGUGCCAUGUGCGCCUGGUAGUCCUCGCCUGAAAUUAGGAGUUCCGGCAGACGACUCACCCGAGGUGGUUAUCACCCGAAAAUGCUAGGUUAAUUGUACGUCGAGUGAUUAAUCUGUUGCCUCCUACAAGUUGGUUGUUACUUUGCUAGAAACAAUCUUCAUUUAUGUAGUCAAUGUUGCAUGUGUAGAGUUUAGUUUCAUAUCCUGCUAUGGACUUACUUUUUCACAUUUGUAGCCCAUAUUGUUAUGUAAUGAUUCUUGGGUGGCUUGCUAAAGCUGCUAAUCAUCUCUCUCUCUCUCUCUGGAUGAAGAGAUGCUUUUUUCUUAUA